CAUGUUUAACAAAGAAAUACAUAUAAUCGUUGAUGUAGUCAUAGAUGUUCUUAAACAUUAAAUAUAAUUUGAAACCGUUAAAAAAAAACACGCGAUCUGUAGUUUGUCUGUGGUGUAAGCAGAAUAAAACACUCCAGAACUCGUGGUUAUAUGAAACGAAUUAAAUAAUUUAGGGAGUGGAGUUAUUACAUACGCACUGGCAACCCUGAGUCGGAUUUUAAACAGAUGUGUGGUGUUGUUUUUUUUAACAAUUUGGCAACCCGUCCCGGUUUAGGAGCAGCUUGUCCCGUUCAAGGCGACCGGCGAGAGGCCAUAUCCUAAAUGGCAAUCUACUCCUCAGGCACGCGCGCUAUCGCUGUGAAUGAAUCAUGGCUUCUGCACCCUCAGUAGUACACUACAUAUUAAAAGCGGAGCGCUUUAGGAUUCGGCCGCGGUCUGUUUGUUGACUUUAGCCGGAGAUGGUUUUAGCUCGCAGUAAAUGAUUUAUUUUUUUUGGCUAAAAGUACACGUUUAGAUAUAUAUAUAUAUACAUAUAUAUUUAAUCCCAGAAUAAUAAUUAAAAAGAGUUAAAUGUUUGUCGUGAGAAGCUGAAAAUAAUUCCCAACUAUUUAUUAUUAUUUUUUAGCCAAGAUAGCUUCGUGGUGAACUCGAUAUCAAUUUAGCCACACAACGCUAGCUAGCUAGUUUAGCUUGUAACGAUAACCGACUCUUUGAGAGAGCUCUUUUUCUUGAGUUUACUUGUGCUUCGUUUUCUGUGAUUAUAUGUGAGGAGAUUAAUGUUAAAAUCCUGACGUUUCAGUGUACUUUACUAAACAGCACGACUCGGGAAAGUGAAGCCUUUAAUUCUGGGUCCGAUUCGAUUCCGUCGCUGAUAGUGUGACGUCAUCAGCGGUAUUUGUGUGAAACCGGGACAUUACUGUUACCGCGGUGUGAAUUUAUUUAGCUUCGGCCAUGUCGAAGGUGGAGCGUCUGAACGCUCGGGUCAGUAAGCUGCUGACGGCAGCGGUGCAGGAGGUGCUGGAGGCCGUGAGGGAGACGGUGUCCGAGUACCAGGAGAAGACGGCUCGGACGCAGCGAGAGAACGAGAGACUGAGGCGAAGGUUGCAGGAGCUCAUGUCCAACAGACACUCUGGUGCGGAGGACGUAGCGAGACCGACCGACUCGGAUUCGUUAUCAAGCGGUGUCGCUCAGAAGGAAGAUGAGCUCAAGCGGGAGACGGGGAGUGACCGAGAUAGACUGAAAUCCGGUCCUGCGGUUUCUCAGGUCGCGCAUUCGUCCUCGUCCCAGCCUCAGUUUGAAGCCUCCGAUCCAAAAGUCCCUUCGCUGUUCGGUGUCCGAGCCGAGGUUUCAGCGCCAGACUACGUUUCCUGUAACGUGCAGUCGCCUGAACGAACGAACUGCGCCCCUACAGAUUUCACCCCGAGUGUGAUCAAAACCGAAACGGAAAGCGAGGCGUAUCCCAGUUACGCUUCGCAGACUUACGCUUACCGAACGGAGCACAUGACCGCGCAGAGCACGCCGUCCCGCACCGCCAUCGUCCCGUUUGCGCAGUUCGACGGCUCUUUACAGAGACUCAUGACCGAGGACAUGGAGCAGAUCGGCGCCGUAUUAGACGGUGACCAACCGUUAAACGGUUUAUCAUACCGGAGGAGCGGUUGCAGCUUCCGGGUGCGGCUGGCAGAGAAGCGCUUCUGCUGCGCGCUCUGCGGCCGCACCUUUAGCCACGCCGGCGACUUUAAGAAGCACAAGCGCGUGCACACCGGCGAGAAGCCGUACCUGUGUACGUUGUGCGGGAAACGCUUCAGCCAGUCGGGGUACCUGAAGAUCCAUCAGCGCUACCACACGGGAGAGAAACCGUACGCCUGCAGCACGUGCGGGAAACGUUUCAGCCACUCGAGCAAUUACAAAAAACACCAACAGACUCACGUGGCCCAGAGUCUGGGCAGUAAUUUAGUUUAAGAAAGUUUGUUUGGACAUUCGGAGAACCGUACGAUCUGGAGUUUGUUUGUUUUUUACUCAGCAUGCUGGUUUUCUUCACAGCCACACUGUUUUUCAGAUUAUAAACACAAUGUGAGAAAUGCCAACAUUUUAUGAAAGUCUUUCUAAGAAAGACAAAAAAUUUUGGCAAGUUGAUUUUUAAAAAUUUAUU